AUGGGUUUCGCACCGAGAGGCGGCAGAGGCGGUGGCCGUGGUGGUGGUGGUCGAGGUGGCUUCGGUGACAGAGGCGGCUUUGGUGACCGAGGUGGACGAGGAGGUUCUCGUGGAGCCCCGCGAGGUGGUGGACGAGGCGGCUUUGGUGGUGGUCGCGGCGGCGGUGGCUUUGGUGGCCGUGGUGGUCCUCCUAGAGGAGGUCGUGGUGCACCCCGUGGUGCACCCCGUGGUGGUGGACGUGGUGGUGCACGAGGUGGUGCGAGGGUUGUCGUCGAACCCCACCGUCACGAAGGUGUUUUCGUCUCGCGGGGUAAGGAAGAUCACCUGCUCACCCGAAGCGUUGCUCCUGGUAUCGAGGUCUACGGCGAGAAGCGAGUUACUGUCGAUGCCACAUCUAAAGGCGAGGAUGGCACUCCCAUCACCACCAAGGUCGAGUAUCGAAUUUGGAACCCUUUCCGAUCCAAGUUGGCCGCUGGUAUCAUUGGUGGUAUUGACAACAUCUACAUGAAGCCCGGCUCCAAGGUCUUGUACCUAGGCGCUGCUUCUGGAACCUCAGUCUCUCACGUUUCCGAUAUCGUUGGCCCUACCGGAAACGUCUACGCUGUUGAAUUCUCCCACCGAUCUGGCCGUGAUCUUGUCAACAUGGCCCAGAACCGAACUAAUGUCAUUCCUAUUGUCGAGGAUGCCCGACAUCCUAUGAAGUACCGCAUGCUCGUGCCCAUGGUUGACUGUAUCUUUGCCGAUGUUGCCCAGCCUGAUCAAGCACGUAUCGUCGCUCUGAAUGCGGGUCUGUUCUUGAAGGUUGGCGGAGGUGUUGUCAUUUCUAUCAAGGCCAACUGUAUCGACAGUACAGCUGCUCCUGAAGCCGUCUUCGCACAGGAAGUACAGAAGCUGAGAGCUGAGCGCAUCAAGCCCCAGGAACAGCUAACACUAGAACCCUAUGAACGAGACCAUUGUAUUGUGAUUGGUCAAUACCAAGAAGCGAAGUAA